AUGACUUCGUUGAAUAUUAAAGAAAGUGAUAUUCCUGACUUGGAAGGGAAGAAAGUCAUCAUUACUGGAGCCUCAUCAGGUAUUGGUCUCGAGGCCGCUGGCAUCUUUGCCGAGAAGGGGGCGUCCGUCCUCAAUCUUGACAUCAACCCACCAAACACUAUUGUACAUGACAAUAUUGAGUACCGCAAGUGCGACAUUUCGAAGUGGGAAGAGCUUCUCGCAUCAUUCAAACAUGCAGGAGAUGUGCACAUUGCAGUGGCAAAUGCUGGUGUAUCAGAGGAGACUGAUUACUUUGCCGACACAUUUGAUCAGGAGACGGGAGAGCUUCUGGAGCCGACCUACGGAGUGCUUGGCGUGAACUUGCGCGGUGUUUUCAACUUUACAAAACUGGCAUUGAGCAGUUUCAGAAGUCGCAAAUACCCAGGGAGCAUCGUCAUUACUUCGAGUGCGACAGCAUACUCCCCGGAGCACUCUUUGCCAGUGUACAGCGCGUCCAAGCUUGCGCUCAUUGGCCUUGUGCGGGCUCUGCGAUCGACGGUCCGACUGGAAGGGAUCACCAUCAACUCAGUCGCGCCGGCAGCGACCAUCACCGCGCUUCUGCCGAAGCACUUGGCUGCCCCUAUCAUGGCCGCUGGUCUGCCAGUCAGCUCGGCAAGGUUUGUCGGACUUGCCUUGGUCUACUCGGCCGUGGCCAAGCAGGAUGGAUUGGUGGAGCUGUACGGCAAAGACGGCGAGGAGCUGUCAAAACAGGAAUCCCGGUGGAAUGGCAGGACAAUUCUCACGCUGGGCGAUCAGUACACGGAGCUCGAAGGCCCUUUAUCGUCGCUGCGACCACAGUGGUUCGGAGCAACCAAUAUGGGUCUGACAAGGCUGCAGCAGACGGCGACAGAUUUCCGCGAAUCGUAA